GAUAUCGAUGAGUGCCUCAGUGGCAGCCAUGCUUGUAACGUGACUGCAAAUUGUACCAACACUGAUGACUCUCACAACUGCACUUGUAAGGAAGGAUACACUGGGGAUGGACAGUCAUGCCAAGGUAUAAUCACUGCAUUAGACUUAGCAAAUAGAAAAAAAAACUAUUUCCUCAAAAACUUAGAAAUCUGAUGUUUGUUUCUGUCGAGCAACGUUUUGGCAAUUCAUUUUUGUUCUUAGAUAUCAAUGAGUGUAGCGAUGGCAACCAUGUUUGCGAUGUUAAUUCAAACUGUAACAACACAGAGGGUUCUCAUAUUUGUACUUGCAAGGAAGGAUACACUGGAGAUGGACAGUCAUGUCAAGGUGAAUAAGAGUAGCCCACAUUAUUUAAAACAAGCAGCUUUGCACAGAAACAAUUGCCCAUGGAAAUUAGCCCUCCUUUUAAAGACCUGUUGUCACACACCACUCUCGUAUUUCUAUUACCAUACUUUUUGUAUUAUGCUUCUAGAUAUCGACGAAUGCAGCAAUGGAAGCCAUGAUUGUGACGUAAAUGCGAAUUGUACAAACACUAAUGGCUCCCAUAGCUGCACCUGUAAGGAAGGAUACACUGGAAAAGGAGAGUCGUGCCGAGGUAAAAUUAGAUUAGACUUAAAAAAAAAGCAGAAUAACUGUUCAUCACUAAUAAUUGCCUUGUUAUCCGACAAACUGGCUGAAGAGUUUUUUUCUCUAUUCAGUUACCCAUUGCAAAUCUAUUGUAUUAACAGAUAUUAAUGAAUGCAACGAUGAUGUUUGUGAUGCUAAUGCUAACUGUACCAACACUAAUGGUUCUCAUAAUUGCAUCUGUAAGUAAGGAUGCAUCAGAGAUGGACAGUCUUGCCAAUGUAGAUUAGGACAGUGAUACCUUAUGUCGAGCAAAGUACCUUUCCAUAACUAGUGUUGGCUUCGUAACUGGGCUAAUGAUCAAGAGGCAACGCAAUGGUUUUCACGCCCCGACCUCGUAUUUCUAUUAAGUUACGUAUAUCAUAAUAUGCAUGGAUACCCAAUUUUCGCUGGUUUAAAAUAUAAUACGUGCGGAUAUUUUACGAGUUUCUUAAAGUGUUUCGGAGCCCAGAAGGAACGAGAAUAAAAGAAGGCAAUUAGCAAGAUUUCUUCUCUUACCAUCGAAUAAGAGAUAUAUCAUUCCACUAUUAUUAUUUUUCUCGAAUAUGCGGCCACGCUCGAAUAACCACCUCCCUCACUUUUUAAAUAGUAUAGAUACAAGGAAAAUCUGUUUCUACUGCCACACUUUUUUUUUAUAACUGUUCAACCUUCAACAACAGUGCAAUCAGUACAGCAAAAUAUUUUAUUUUCAAUACCAGACUUUUCUAUCUUCACGUGCUUGCAGAGUUACUUUAUGCAUUAUUUAUUCUUUUGAUAUUUGCCCUAUUGCUGAGGUAACUUAAGAAGCGCCCCUCUCGACUAAUCGACGAAGCGCCGUCCUGACAAAUAAGUGCCUCUUCCCCCUCCCCCUCCUAGUUUUAGCCAAAAUUUUCAAUAAGCGCACAAGCGCUCUGAAAAUUUCUAUUAUUUCAAUUAUUGAAGUACACACAAUAUCACCUAAGGAACUAAGCAUGUAUCUUGCGGAGUUUAUUCGCUCUUUUCGACUUUAAGACAGAGAAGAUUAUGAACAUCAGGCUUAACAUGACUUGAUAUUUUUUGCUAGCUGUCAGUGUGUUGCAUUAUUGCUAUCGAGAAGGGAAAUUUGUAUGAUUUAGAUCUUUCAAGAUCGAUUUAUAAACCAUUGACUUAAGUCUGUUUAACAAUUUAUUGUCACUAAAGAGGAAUUUACUCUCCCUAAGUACGUGUAAGCUAUAUGAUAAGCCUAAUACAUUAUGUAAAGUCUGUCCGUGGGGUAUGUAAACAAUCGUUGCUUUAUAUCAAAAAUCUUACUUGUUUGCUGCGUUCACUCGCUCGAUUUCCGAUACCGCGAGCUCGCGCGUAAAUACCAUACAGACAGACUUUGCAUGAAGUAUUCUAUACCUAUAUCUUUUGUACUAAUAGAUAUCGAUGAGUGCCUGAAUCGAAGCCAUGCUUGUGACGUGAAUGCGAAUUGUACCAACACUGACGGCUCCUAUAAUUGCACUUGUAAGGAAGGAUACACUGGGGACGGACAGUCAUGCCAAGGUAUAUUAGAUCAGACUGUGCAUCACACUGAGCUACUUUUAACAACAUCCAGGGCCUGCCCAAAAUUUACAAACAUGGAAGGAUACAAUGUGAUUUACAAAUUCAGACAUGGCAGGUGGAGUGUAAUUAAUUAUAGAACUACAUUUACGUUAUUGUUAUUCUCAUGGUCAAAUCCAUUCCUGCGAAUGCGUAUGUAUUGACCUCUGUAUUGUGUAUUUUGUCGAUCAGUAUUGAUCUGAGACACGAGAAGCGAUUGUGUUCACAGGCUACAAACUGUACUUAGAUAAAUAAAUUAAGUUUGGUCGCUGAAAUGUAUUUAUGUAGAAAAUAAAAGCUGAUGUUGAGCUUGGUUCUGGAAUAAAAAGUGCAAGAAUUUCGGUUCAAGCUGUGUGAAACGUUUGACGUUUAUAUUUCUUUUAUAAAAAUACUGAGCUUAAAAUAUUCCGUCUUUCUUGCACACUGAACGCUUACUACAUUGCUGAUACUAAAAGUAUGCAGGGUACUAAAUAUAACUCGGUUUUAACUUGUUCUUUGCUCGUUACAAAUCUUUACCAUAUCUCUCAACUGAGGACGUUCUAUUCUAGACAUUGAUGAGUGCAGUGAGUUUCAUGGCGUCACAAUGAACAACUGCCAUCUUGAUGCCUCUUGCGUUAAUACUCAGGGCUCAUACAACUGCUCUUGCAAUCCCACCUAUAUUGGGGAUGGGUCUAUGUGUGAAGGUAAGUUUUUUUUUAUAUUCAGCUUCGUAACUUGA